AUGCCGACCUCCAGUACUGACACCGAUCUAACCGCCGUUGUUGGCUCUCCCUCACCUACCGCCGCAGCUCAAGGAGGACAGGAACGAAAGGCCUCUUCGUUUGGCACGUCCGACACAGCUGCUGAUCUAGAAACCUUUACCGAUGCUGCUUUCGACGUGGACAGGAUGAAGUAUGAGAGAAAGAAACGCAAGAUGUGCACAGAGAAGAGGUCUGUCGGCAGGAGCAGCUGGUUAGAAGAAAUGCCUGCCAACAUUAUGCUAGAAGUUUUCUCUUGUGUGGAACCUAUCGAUCUUUUCAAACUGUCUUAUAUAAACAAGAAUACGCGGGCUGUUCUCAUCACCGCUGAAUCAAAGGCCAUUUGGGCACAGGCGCGAAAAAAUGUGCCUGGUUUACCUGGUCUCCCGCCCGACAUGACCGAAUGGUUCUAUGCCGCACUCCUCUUUCAGCAAACCUGUCAGAUGUGUGGCAUAGACGCAAUGGCUCGUUCUGAAACCCCAUUCAUUCGCAUGCGCCUGUGUUCCGCAUGUACGAGCAAGCAUCUUAAGCUCGACAAGACGGCUAAGGAAAUGGGCCUCUUUCUGACACAUCUGUUAAAUGCAUCCGCAAAACAACAGACUCAGAAAUGCAAUGAAUUUGCCCGCCGGAUGAAAGAACUGGGGCAUGACGCUCGUGACCUCGAGCGGAUUGACAUCAAACAGUUCGUUCGUGAAGAAACCUGGGAUCAAGUUCUCCCCCGAAUCGGAAUGAUCGCCAACGCCAACAGGGACCGACGAUUGCGCGAACAAUUUGUCGCUCGCAAUCAGUCUAAGGCUCGAGCGAUCUUUGUUCAGCUAUAUUAUGCUCUUCCAACCGAGCUCGAAAAGAAUUCAUUCUUGCCCGUGAAAGACUUCUUGACAUUGCGCUCGGUUAGAUCAUUGCUGGCUAGUCGCGCUCCAGACGACGAAUUCGACACCUGCGCGCGUUCCGCACUUCCACAUAUUAGCGCCGAAUCAAACGCCUUCUGUGCCCGCAUGCGGCGAGACUUGAAGGCGGACGACGAUGCCUGGCGCUCCUGA